GCAAGAAUUUGGUUAAAAACGCUAGAAAAGCAAUCAAGUAGUGACAAAUUGGUACGCCUGUCAAAUGUGUCAAAUUUGAAAGUUUUGGCGGAAGUUUUGAAAAACCGUAAUGUUUCGCAAAUUUUUCCUGUGUUGUGCUAUGAUCGCUUUUGUCAAGUGCGAGGAGGACCCCCUCGUGACCGACAUAGUUUGGUUUGACAUAACAAUCGACAAUGUGCCCAUCGGUCGCAUCCAAAUCGGGCUUUUCGGCAAAAUCGUCCCCAAAACAGUGGAAAACUUCAAACAAUUGGCCAAAGAAAGUGUCGUCGGGAAGGGCUACAAAGGUUCCAAAUUCCAUCGUGUGGUCAAAAACUUCAUGAUCCAAGGUGGUGACAUGGUUAAAGGCGACGGAACUGGGGGCCGUAGCAUUUACAAAGUACCAUUCCCAGACGAAAACUUCAUUCUCAAACACUAUGGAGCUGGAUGGGUUUCGAUGGCUAACGCUGGGAAAGACACCAACCUAUCUCAGUUCUUUAUUACUUCGAGAGGUGUUCCGGAUUGGAAUGGAGUACAUGUCGUUUUUGGGAAAGUGAUAGAAGGCAUGGAUGUUGUACACGAGAUUGAAAAUAUCAAAACUGAGAAAGAGAAACCCACAAAAGACGCGGUAAUCGCCGAUGCGGGGACUAUAUCUCUAAAUGAACCUUUCAGCGAAAGCAGGGACUCCAGUUUUUGCUAAAUUAUUCACCAUUUCAAGUAAAUUUAAAUUUUGCAGUAGUGCCAACUAAUUCACGUUUCAUGGCCCACUUGAGACAACGUGAAAAAAAUAAAAUUUUCUCACUCAAAAAAUGUAUUUGUUGAUA